AUGUCACACUUCCACCACCACCCGGAGCCUGGUUGUGCAACUGCUUUUUCUCCAGAGUGUGUGUGGGGGGGGGGGGGGCGGAACAAGCGACAGUUGCCCGGACUGGGAUGUCUGCUGGGCUCGUCUCAUUUCUCGCUGAGCAGCGCACGAGACGUCCACGUCCCUCCUGGGCCCUUGCGCCGGAUUGCAGGCACUGCGGUCUCUAUUCCCUGCAACGUAUCCGAGUACGAGGGACCCACCGUGCAGCAUUUUGAAUGGUUCCUGUACCGCCCGUCAGCUCCCGACAUCUCCAUUGGGGUGGUCAGCACCAAAGACCCCAAGUUCCCUUAUGCCAUCUUUGGGCCUCGAGUGCAGGCAGGAGCGGUGUCCAUCCAGCGGGUGCGCGGAGAUGCUGUCGAACUGCGCAUCAAGGAGAUACGUGCAGAAGACGCGGGGGUCUACGAAUGCUACACCCCCUCCACUGACUCCAAAUACCUUGGCACCUACAGCAGCAAGGUGGAAGUCAAAGUGAUGCCGGACAAGCUCUCCGUUUCUGCUGCCUCUCCCUCCGCUGCGAAGCCCUCCCUCUGGAGCCGCGGGGCUGUUGCUGCCGCCCCCCCAGUGCUGCAGAUGACCCUGUCCGAGAGCCAGGAGCUCCGGCUGACGUGCACAGCCCUGAGUGAGACCCAAGAGCACACCCACCUCUCCGUCUCCUUUGGCUUUUCUGGGCCGGAGGCCUCUGGCGGCCGCAGGACAGUGCAGGAGGUGAUCGGGAUGCGGAGGGAUUUCGCCGUGGAGGCUGGUGGGCCUUUUGCGGAGAGGCACGAAGCCCGCGAGGUGUCCCUCGCCAAGCUGGGCCGCCAGCAGUAUCAGAUGGUCUUGGGUUGGUUGAGGCCGGAGGAUGCGGGGCUCUACCACUGCACUGUGGGCGAGUGGACCCAGGAUCCCGAUGGCAGCUGGCAGCAGAUUGCCGAGAAGCAGGUGGCGCUGGCCCAGGUGGCGGUCCAAACCAUCGCUAGUCGGCUGACGGUGUCUGCCAGUCCGCCCCAGAUCCGGAUCAGCUCUGGAGAGGCCCUCGAUCUGCUUUGCAAGGUCUCUGGAGUCCCGGCUUCCCCUUUGGCCCAUGUUGCCUACGUGGUAGGCUGGGAAGUGAGCAAGGGAGAUGCCAGGGAGGGGCACCUCGUGGCCCAGCUGGACACCGAUGGCGUGCUCGUCCUGGGAGACAGUUACAGCAACCGUGAUGUGGGCGAGCGGCACGUGUCCCUUCAGAAGACGGGCUCACCCCCUGGCUCCUACCAGCUGCGGAUCGAGUCUGCCCAGCCAGGGGAUGUGGGCACCUACCGGUGCGUGGUGCGGGCUUACAUCCUUUCCCCGAGAGCGGAGCUGCGCCAGGUGGCCAGCAGCAGGUCGCAGGGGCUGGCAGUGGACAUGAAACCUGAAGGGGUGGUGCUUGAGGCCCAUGCGUGGCUGCCGUUCCCCACCAUCUACCGGGGGGACACGGUUGACGUGCGCUGCAACAUCUCUGUGGAAUCAACGCAGGCUGUCCAUGUGGCUCUCAGCUGGUGGGUGGAGCUAGCCCAGGAGAAUUCGGAGCCGCGCGGCCGCUUGCUGGCCUCAAUGAGCCGUGAGGGGGUGGCUGCCCUAGGAAGCCGGCCAUCCAGUGGCCCUGUGAGUGUGGAGAAGGUUGGCCCACUGACCCACCGGUUGCGCAUCCACGAAGUCCAGCCGUCAGACGAGGGGAAGUACCAGUGUGCCCUGACUGCCUGGGUGCGCUACCCAGACCUCAGCUGGUACAAGGCCGGAGCUGUGAAGUCCAACGCUGUCGCUGUCUACCCUUAUGCUCUGCCCAUGGACACCUUGUUCAUCCCCCUCCUGGCAGGGGUCUCCAGCGCCCUCUUCAUGGGCAUCUCCAUUCUAGCCACUGUCACCUGCUGCUUCAUGAGGCGACUCCGCAAGAGGCACCUCCCUCCGCCUCCGUGAGGCCCUCCCUCUGCCAGACCUCUUCCUGUUUCCUGAGCGAGGUGGCCUGAUCCUGAAAGCAGCUCUGCGCAACCUCUGGACUGAACGUGGCUCUGCCCCCUGGAAUGCGCCUCGAGCCGAAGAGCCCUGAAGCUGCAGCUCACGUUCAGGCCACGGGCGUGACUGUUUCCCGAAGGGCCCUUCCUCUGUGUGUGUGUGUGCGUGUGUGUGUGUCUGUGAACAAGAGACUACGGGGGAUCUUCCCCAGAGAGCUUCUCUCACCUCACUUGCUGAGUCCAAGCAGGCCCUCUUCUUUGGUCUGCUGUGUUGCUUGACACACGUGUCCCAUGCAAAGCCCCCCCUCUCCACACGCGGAGCUGAUUGGAGUGAGACCCUCUGACUUUGGGGAUGGUCAAGGCACAGGGGAGGGCUGUGGCUGUUCUCUUUUCUGCCAAGAAUGGGAGGCUUUAGGGGUCUCCAAACCACCCCCCCCCCCAGCCACUGAGGAUUAGCUGGAAAACGCUGAAUGGGUUGGUUGAGUGAUGGCGGGGGGCGGGGGGGCACCCUGAGAUUGGCUGCUGCAGCUGCUGCUUCCCUGCUUGGGCUUCAGCAGCCCCCCAACCGGGAUGGCUCUUGGGGCAGUUCAGCUGAACGAGCAUCUCGGAUCGAGGCAGGAAGACGGGGUGGUGCUGGGGCAGGUGCUCCAGGAGAGAAUGCCCCCGGGGGGGGGGUCCUUAAACAUCUCCGGUGUGCAACACAAAUGCGCAGUGGGUGCUUUGAGCUUCUUUCCCCCCACCCCCCCACCACGCUUGCACCUUGGCUUGGGUGGCCUUGAGGCUGGGCUGGAGCUUUGGCUUGGCAUCCAGACCUCGUCACCUGCCGUGGCAGAACCGAUCUCUCCCCAGGGGCGUGACGGAGCAGAGGGGCAGAAUGAGCACUUCUUCUGGGUUCGCAUAGUUUUGAAUUUGUGCUUCCAAAGCCAGCCGUUGUCCCUUUUCUCUGGGAACGAGUGAAGGAGGCACACGUAGGUAGCAUCACCAAAAACAGCUUCUGUGGCUCUGCCCCCCGCCUCCCCCCCGCCCCCCGUGAAGCCUUCGCCCAUUGCAAUGGCCCCUUUCUGCCCCACGGCUGCAUCGCAGAGGGUGGCGCUUCCCAGGGGGUGUGCUUUGUGGAGCAGCUGCCUUGGAGGACGUAGAGAGCGGCAGGAGUCCAGGAGCACAACUGGCCCGGAGGGAGAAUCCACCCAGAAACUGCCAGUUAUUUUCUGGCCGCUGUUUAUUUUUAGAUCUGCUCUGAAACGCAGCAAAGCGAUGCGGGAGGACUGGGAGAACUCGGGCUGGGUGGGGGGAAUCAGCGCG